UUUACAUUUGCGUUGUGUAGAUCUCAGCUUCUAUGCUCCUGGCGAGGUCUCACGGUCUAUACAUGGUAGUGAGCUCUCUUACUUCAUGCUUGAGCUUGUUUCAGCAACCUAGUCAUUCCGACAGUGUUUCAAAGCAAAUAGCAUUUAGAAAAUACAGAAGAUAUGUGAGCAGAAGUUGCAUCAGAAGGCCUCACAUAUCGCAUUCUGCUUUUGGAGGAGGUGAUACUCUUGGCUUACGAGCAUUUGUGCUUUCUGACUUGCACACAGACUGUUCGGAGAACAUGACAUGGGUGAAAAGCAAACCUACAAAACAAGGCAGGAAAGAUGUUCUUCUUGUUGCUGGUGAUGUAGCAGAGACAUACGGCAGCUUUGUUUUGACUAUGUCACUCUUGAAGGAAAGGUUUGAACAUGUCUUGUUUGUUCCUGGAAACCAUGAUCUUUGGUGCCGUAGGGACAAAGAAGAACAUCUUGAUUCUCUUGAAAAGUUGGACAAGUUGCUGGAUGCAUGUAGUAGACUUGGAGUUGUGACCAGUCCAAUACUCCAAUGGUCAUAGAUGGCCUGGGGAUCAUACCUUUGUUUUCUUGGUACCAUGAGAGCUUUGAUAGAGAAAAGGAUGUCACUGGCAUUCGGAUUCCACCCUUGGAGACGGUGAUUCUCCUUCUUUCCUCCUCUGAAGCGUUUAAAAUCUUCAAUUUAACAACCUGAUUAUGUAAUUCUUAUGUUAAACAUUGCUUUACUUAGCCUUUUAUGUUCAUUUGGUCGAACUUCCGAGA